AUGCUGAAAAGGAUAGUUUUGGCGUUCUUCGCUAUUGCACUCGCAGGACUUUUCGUUGAUGCACGGUUUUUGGACGAGCCGUAUUUUUUAACAUCUCGAGCUUAUGUCGACAGACCGUCCCCUAUGAUGCCUUUUACGGUUCCACGUAGAGAAAUUAGGCAAGCCAUCGAGAACCAACCACUUCCUUGUCGUUUCAAGCUGUGCGUCACUUUCUACUAG